AUGGGGAAGCAAGUUUGGCCAAGCGGAUUUGCGGUUUGGCAUUACUUCAGAAAUCCAACAUGGCAACUACUCCUGCUAUUGUGGUCAACGAGUGCAGUGAUGAUGAGUUGCAGUGGCGCGGAGAUCACGUGUCCCGAAGAGUGCACGUGUCGCAGUACGUUCGAUCCGGAGGCUGGCGCAGCCGUGCGAGUCUCCUGUACGCGCGGUCACAUGCGCCUCAUUCCUGUCGACUACAUUGACCGGAAUGCAAACGUCAUCAUAAUAGCUGCCCCACGCGACAAACCCAACGAGCUUACCAUCGGUCCUAUUUUUACGCAACCUACGCCAUUCGUCAACCUCAGAGAACUCCACAUCGUUAAUUCCAAUGUCCCGUCCAUAGGACAAUAUUCCUUUUGGGGCUUACAAAACCUGAGGCUAAUAAACCUGACCUAUAACAAUCUAACCAGUAUAGGAGCUGACAACUUCCGAGGACUCAUAAAUCUCACCGACUUGUAUCUCGAUCAUAAUAAUAUCGAACAAAUGCCCAGUGAGACAUUCAGGCAUUUAACGUCACUGAAAACAUUAACUUUAUCGAACAACGAAAUUUCCAUAUUGGUGCCGAGACUGUUCCGCAUGUUAGCGAAACUUUUAAUCCUGGACCUGAGUCAUAAUCCGCUGGCUGAGCUGAACCCAGAAGUAUUUAAGGAUAUUCAACAUUUGCGGAUUUUCAAGUGUAGAGGUUGUUUACUGAGACGCAUUAAUACUCAGAUUUACCAUCUAGUAGCCAAUUUGGAAGAAUUGGAUUUAGGAGAUAAUCAAUUUAAAUAUCUCACCUCUGAUGAAUUUAUAAGUUUAAAACGACUUAAAAGUUGAAGUUGGACGGUAAUCAACUGUCUGUCAUCGUGGACAACAUGUUCGGACGGAACCGCGAGCUGCGCGUGCUGUCGCUGGCACACAACCGUCUCGCCCUGCUAGCGCCCGCCGCGCUCGCCAACCUCACCAACCUGACCCACCUUGACAUUAGCCACAACAAGAUUGAUCGGUUUCAUUUGCAAACUUUUGCUCCGGUUGUGGAUUGCUUAAAAACUAUAAAUUUUAGCGGAAACAAUUUAGCCCUGAAUGAGAUAGCAAUUCUCUUACAAAUUUUACCUGAGAUCGAAGGUGUUGGUCUAGCAAAUCUAUCUCUCCCAGAGAUACCGCCGAAUUUCUUUAUUUAUAAUGAGAGGCUAAUUGCUCUCGACAUCUCAUGGAAUAAAUUAACUACUUUUCCAUUUAAGUUGUUAACAAAAACAAAACUUCUUCAAAGAUUUGAUAUAUCGCACAACAAGCUGCAAACACUAGGUGAAAUGGAUUUGCAACGACUAGAAGCAAUUGCGCAAGUCAACUUGGUAAAAAAUAUAUGGCACUGUGACCAGUGCUCAGCUGGAACGAUGCUGGUUUAUAUGACUACGACUGUGCUUAACUCUACUCUACGUCAGCUGAAAUGCUACUCCCCAUUACGUCUUCGGGGAGUGAGCUUCGCUGAGAUGUCCUUUGAUCGCCUCGACCCGUGUCCAAGUACUCACGAAGCGCAGAUGAGCGUGAUAGCUGGUCUCAUGCUGCUGUGUGUGGCCGUGCUGGCGGCAGUGGCGGGUGCGCUGUGCUGCACGCGCCGCCGCGCCGCCCACUACUACACCAACGAAGAGAAGCGGCGCGAGCACGAGCAUGAGCACCCCGACGAGCUCCUGAGCCACACGGAGCUCGGCAGUGUGGCUACCAUCCACGCGCCUUAUCACCUGGUGCCUAAAGGCAGCUAG